AUGGAGAGGAGGAUGAUUAUUUUCUGUAUGCUUUUCUUCUGUUUCAGUGUGGCACAGACUACAGGUCCACACAAACGAACAAAAUACCAACAGAUUUUAAAGACAAUCAAAUAUUUACAAACCACAGUGAAAGAUAAGGAUGUUGAAUUGCUGCAUACACCAGAAAACCCUGUGGAUGGAUGCCUGUCCGCAGCUGUGACCUGCUUCCAGCAGGGCAUACUGAAAUUACAGCCAGAAAGCAGACAAGUCAAUUCUACAUUCACCCAAACUGUUAAAGUCUUGCAAAGAUUCACCAUCAGCAACUCUGGACAGCAGUGUGACUCAUCAUGUGAAUCUUACCAGAAAAAAACUCCCAAGGAGUUUCUGAAGAGCUUUGCAAAACUAAUCCAAAAGGUCUUAAAAGAAUCAACUGCUAAGCAAUAUGCAAAGCUGCUGCUCCAACUGCAAUGGAUUUUACAGUCACAGGAUCAUCAGGAUACUUCAGAAACAAACAGUUGGGCAAGGGAUGCUUACUCUCUCAUGCAUUCACUUAUGGAAUAUAUGACUGAAGCUGCUAUGAUGCAUUUGCCACCAAUAAAUCACUGUCGAUCUUUCCUUCGGCAAGCUAUGGAAAGUAAAAAGUACAGCAAUUUGAAUAACGGUGGGAAGACCAACGCCCAAGCAAAUUUCUCCAUCGCUUUGGCUUCCACUGCUGAAUUCAACAAUAAGAAGCCGAGAAACAGCACUAAGAUUUCAACCUUGCUUUCCCCAGUAUACUCCACUGACCUUCACAUCUAG